AUGUGGAAAAAAUGGUGGCUGUUCCAUGCCACGGACUUCGAAUCCUUAAUGUAUCCCUGCUUCAUCAUUUGCCGUAGUCUCGGAAUAUUUCCAUACAAAAUGAAAGCUUCGACUUUUGUAGCUUCAAAAUCGCCCUACAUCCUAUCAACUGUAAUUAUCUGCGUUUGCUCCGUUAUAAAUCUGAUAUACACUUACAAUAUUAUUAUGUUCACAUUCAGCUUUGGAGACAUAACUCAUAAUUUUGACGCAGUUAAUUACUUAAUGUUCAGCACUUUCAUAAUGAUCAUCACGCACGUCUCGAGUGGUCCGCGAAUGCGAUUACUACAGACGAUUUUAAAGAUAUCUUCGAAAUUACCCUCAGAGUCAUAUCAAAAGAUGUCCAAAUUUAUUCACAUCAAGGAUAUAUUGGGCAUUACCUUUCGAGUCGUGCAAAUAUAUAUAAAUUAUUCUAAAGUACCUGACUUGGAAUUUAAUUGGUGGAAUAUUUUGACUGUGACGUCCGCAACAUACGUCGGCUUACUGGGAUUUCAGAUAAAUAUGAUGUUUAUAAAUUGUGUUUGUGUAUUAAAGGCUUGUUUUAAGAGAAUCAACGAAAAUUUGGCACAUGUACAAAGACUGAUAGUAAACGAUAUAAAGUUAUAUAAACCGAGGUUUAUUUGCAACGAGCAGAGAAAUAAAUGUUUGCUGAUCAAACUCAAAAUGUUAGAGAAGCAACAUUUGAUCGUUAGCAACAUAGUGCAAAUGCUGAACUUAAUCUUCAGUGUGCAAGUCACUUCUACUAUAGUCAUGACCUACGCUACCAUCACCUUUGAAUUGUAUUUCUAUAUAGUGCGCUGGCAAGAUGGAGUGUUUUUUUAUUUGGAUAAACAGUACUUUGAUGUACUUAUAAUGUCCACGGGAUUUAACAUUUUAAAAAUAGUAUUACUUGUGUGGGCCUGCGAGGCCUGUAAAAGUCAAGCUCAAGAAAUCGGUACUACUAUUCAUGAUCUACUUAACAGCACCAAUGAUGAGCAAAUAAAAAAGGAGUUACAGCUGUUUUCUUUUCAAAUAUUACAUCGCGAAAAUGCAUUUUCGGUGAAAGCUUUCACU